GGCUUGGGGCGGCCCAGCCGCUGCCUCCCCUUCGCCCCAGCGCGCUGGUGCUGGCGGUGGCUGCCCAGGAACCCGGCGCGCACGGGUCCCGCUCCAGCCCCAGUCAAAGCCGAAGCUGCAGCCGGCUCCGGGCCGGGGCCAUGGGAGCCCCCCGCCGCCCGCGUCAUGAGGACGGAGGCGGAGGCAGCGGGGCCGCCGCUCGAACCCGGGGACUUUGUGCAGCUGCCCGUGCCCAUUAUCCAGCAGCUCUACCACUGGGACUGUGGCCUGGCCUGCUCCAGGAUGGUGCUGCGCUACCUGGGCCAGCUGGACGACAGUGAGUUCGAAAGUGCCCUGCAAGAGCUGCGACUGACUAGGAGCAUCUGGACCAUCGACCUGGCCUACCUGAUGCGCCACUUUGGCGUGAGGCAUCGCUUCUGCACCCAGACCCUGGGCGUGGACAAGGGCUACAAGAACCAGUCCUUCUACAGGAAGCACUUCGACACAGAGGAGACCCGGGUGAACCAGCUGUUUGCACAAGCGAAGGCCUGCAAGGUGCUGGUGGAGAAGUGCACAGUGAGCGUGCAGGACAUCCAGGCCCACCUGGCACAGGGCCACGUGGCCAUCGUGCUGGUGAACUCAGGCGUGCUGCACUGCGACCUCUGCUCCAGCCCCGUCAAGUACUGCUGCUUUGCCCCCAGUGGCCACCGCUGCUUUUGCCGCACCCCAGACUACCAGGGCCAUUUCAUAGUGCUGCGCGGCUACAACCGGGCCGCUGGCUGCAUCUUCUACAACAACCCGGCCUAUGCUGACCGAAUGUGCAGCACCAGCAUCAGUAACUUUGAGGAGGCCAGAACCAGCUACGGCACGGACGAGGACAUCCUCUUUGUCUACUUGGACAGCUGACAGCAGGAGCCUGGUGUGCCCAGGCCCUUGGACCCCACCCUGCCCUGCCCCAGCUGGGCC